UGAGAAUUAAUGGGAAAAAAAAAGUCGAGCGGCAGUCUCAUUUCCUUUCCCACGCUUUAGUGUUGAACAUGACGCCCUCUGACGUCGUAUCGCAAACCACCUUCCCUGCUUUGUCCUUCUCGCUGCGUCAUUGAUUCUGGAGGCUCUUUCCUCAUCGAUCUCUCCCUCUCUCUCUCUCUCUCUCUCUCUUUCUUCCAAGCCGCAGCCUGCUCAGGAUUGGCUAUAGAGUUGUGGAGCUGAAUUGCAAAUGGAGGGACAGAGCCAGAAUCCAAGCAGUAUGAAUCUCUUUGACAUGUAUUUCCGGAGGGCAGAUUUGGACGGGGAUGGCAGAAUAAGCGGAGCUGAGGCUGUUGCCUUUUUUCAGGGCUCUAAUUUGCCGAAGAAUGUACUUGCUCAGGUAUGGAUGCAUGCAGAUCAAAAUCGAAUUGGUUUCCUUGGACGAGCAGAGUUUUAUAAUGCUCUCAAACUUGUUACUGUGGCACAAAGUAAGCGAGAACUGACCCCAGAUAUUGUGAAGGCAGCAUUAUAUGGUCCCGCUGCAGCUAAAAUUCCUGCCCCCAAAAUAAAUCUUGUGGCUACCCCUGCUCCACAAUCAACUUCUAACGUGGCAGCACCUGUCACACAGUUGGGUGGUGCUGCACCAGCAACAUCUCAAAACAUUGCCAUCAGGGGCCCGCAGUUGCUUGCAAAUGUAAACAUGGCUCAGCAGCAUAUUUCAUCUCAACAAAAUCAGUUCGUGAGGCCACCUCAGGGCAUACCUCCUAGCAUUGCUUCCCAUCCACAGCAGGGUGCUGCCAGCCAAGGAAUUCCUGGGGGAGGUAAUUUGAUAGCUCCUCAUCCGCUUAAUUCAAACAGCUCAGCUGAUUGGCUUAGUGGAAAUACUGGUGGGCUCCAAGUGGGAGUGGCUUCACAAAUUUCCGAUAGAGGGAUUAGUCCUUCCACUGCUCAGGAUGGAUUUGGGUUGGCAGCAUCAGGUUUGACUCCCUCUGCACAACUGAAACCACUGGCAACCACUGGGCUGACAGUCUCUGCUGCACAAAAGACGCAAGAUUUGGUGCCAUCACACAAGGUGGAAAGCAAUGAUUCUAAAACAUCAGGAGUUUCAGGAAAUGGGCUGUCUAAUGCAUUUCAUGGGGAUGCAUUUCCCAUGGCCAUCCCUCAACCAAAAGAAGAUUCCUCUGCUCCUACAUUUUCUGCAGGUAGCUUACCUGUGUCAUCAGCCAUUUUGGCAGUAUCUGCUGGGCCACAACCUGCAGUUAAGCCAAGUCAUCUUGAACCUUUGCAGAGCGUAUUUACCAAGGAACAUCUGGGUGGUCAACUUCAGCAAACUCAGCCAAUUAUAAAACAGAAUCAGCAAGUUCCUGCUCAAAGUAUGACUGCAUUUGCAUCAACAGGGUUUCCUAAAAAACCUGGGGAUUCUUCUUCUGGCCAGUCUCAGGUUCCAUGGCCUAGAAUGACUCAAUCUGCUGUUCAGAAGUAUACUAAAGUAUUUGUGGAAGUAGACACGGACAGAGAUGGAAAACUAACAGGCGAACAGGCACGAAACCUGUUUUUAAGUUGGAGGCUGCCGAGAGAGGUUUUAAAGCAGGUCUGGGACUUAUCUGAUCAAGACAAUGACAGCAUGCUCUCUUUGAGAGAGUUCUGUUUUGCACUUUAUUUGAUGGAGCGGUACAGGGAGGGCCGCUCUCUUCCUCCUGUGCUUCCAAACAGUGUCAUGUUUGAUGAGACCCUAUUACGCACCACUGGUCAACCUACAGCUGCAUAUGCCAAUGCAAGUUGGGGAUCCACUCCUGGUUUGCAACAACCACAGGGGCCGACUGGUGCAUGGUCAAUUACAAGCACUGCUGCUGUAAGGCCACCGAGUCAAAUUUCCACUCCACCGGCUGAUGCAGUUGUGCAGCCCAGUCCGCAGAAAAAAUCUAGAGUUCCCGUGUUGGAGAAGCAUCUUGUGGAUCAACUUAGUAAAGAGGAGCAGAAUUCACUUAACUCAAAAUUCCAGGAGGCUACCGAGGCAGAUAAAAAGGUAGAAGAAUUAGAAAAGGAGAUGCUAGAUUCUAGAGAGAAGACUGAGUUCUACCGCACCAAGAUGCAGGAACUGAUUCUAUACAAGAGUAGAUGUGACAAUCGAGUUAAUGAGGUAAUGGAAAGGGCAUCUGCUGAUAAACGCGAGGUUGAGUUGCUAAUGAAGAAGUAUGAAGAAAAAUACAAACAAGUUGGAGAUGUGGCCUCCAAAUUAACUAUUGAUGAGGCCACGUUUCGUGGUAUUCAGGAGAGAAAAAUGGAGUUAUAUCAGGCAAUUGUCAAAAUGGAGCAAGAGGGCAGUGCCAAUGGUACUCUUCAGGUUCAUGCUAAUCAUAUCCAAUCAGAUCUUGAGGAGCUACUGAAAGCUUUAAAUGAACGCUGCAAAAAAUAUGGGUUACAUGCUAAACCAACUACUCUUGUUGAGAUUCCCUUCGGUUGGCAACCUGGCAUCCAAGAAGGAGCAGCUGACUGGGAUGAAGAUUGGGAUGAGUUAGAAGAUGAAGGAUUCACAUUUGUCAAAGAGCUCACUCUUGAUGUGCAAAACGUAGUCGCUCCUCCAAGGGCAAAGUCUUCAUCAGUUCAGAAAGGAACAAGUUCUACUGAUGAGGGUAUAAUUGCUUCUUCAUCAAAUAAUGAUGGUAAGUUGAACAAGCUACCAAGUGCAAGUGAACAAAUGCCUGAGGAAGAAUCUGCAGAUGCCAUAGGCAAAGAUAGCUUCGUAAGAAGUCCACCCGACAGUCCAGCUGAGAGGAAUGUGUUGGCAAGCCCAUCUCAAGAAUUCCUUGAGACCCAGUCCACCAAGGGUAUUGGGGCCGAUGGCUCACCCCAUGUUAGAGACACGCAAAGCGAUCAUGGUGGUGCUGAAUCUGUGGUUUCUGGAGACAAAGGUUUUGAUGACCCCAGCUGGGGUGCAUUUGACACUCAUUAUGAUACAGACUCAGUAUGGGGUUUCAACCCUACUGGUACAAAGGAUACUGAUCAGGAGAGGCUAAGUGAGAAUUCAUUCUUUGGUUAUGGAGACCUUGGUCUAAACCCAUUAAGAACAAACUCCCCGCGCAUGGAUGACAUGUUCCAGAAGAAGGGCCCAUUUUCUUUUGUGGAUUCUGUUCCUGGCACUCCCCUCUUCAAUUCUGGAAACUCCCCAUCAAGGUUCAGCGAAGCAUCAGAGGACCACUCUUUCAACAGCUUCUCGAGGUUUGAUUCCUUCAGUAAGCACGACAGUGGAUUCUUCCCGCCACAGGACUCCUUUUCGAGAUUUGACUCCAUCCGCAGCUCUAGGGACUCCGAACAUGGUCGUGGGUUCCCAGCUUUUGACGACACGGAUCCAUUUGGCUCAACUGGGCUGUUCAAGACAUCAUCAGAUAGUCAAACUCCGAGGACGAAAGAAUCUGAUAAGUGGAGUGCUUUUUAGUAAGGUAAUUUCAUGUUUUUUUCUUCCUUAAAUUCAUAUAUGCUUAUCUUUUGCUUCUUUGAAUGCCCUUCUUUUUUUGGGUGAAAGGUUGUUCAUCUAUGUGGCUACAUGUAGGAGGUUGAGUGACUGAGUAGAAGUUGGCGAUAUGUGGGUGUAACCUCUGCUCAGUUUCUUCAAGUCUUCUUCUUCUUCUUCUUCUUCUUCUUCUUCCCUCUCUCUCUCUCUCUCUCUCUCUCUCUCCCCCAUGGUUUUCUAAGGAAGUAGUUUUUUGGUGUAAUCUGUAACUGAUUUCAUCCAUCUCAUUUGCACAUAUAAGUACAUGUAAUUUUGCUUUGGCUUUUAUUUUAUUUUAUUUUAUUUUCUGAAGAAAA